CCAGGGAUCGUUAAGAUCACAAUUUAGAACUCGGUCGAAUAAUGUUUAAAAAAAAGACUAGUACAAGAAUCACUUAACAUGUGAAGUGAUCAAUAACAUCCAAGAGAUCAUUCGGCUGUAGUUAUUAUUAUUGUUUUUACAUUGAAAUAGAAAGGAACAAUUACUAGACUCGUGAGAAUUGAGGAAGUUAAAAAUAAGACCUUACCGUUGAGAAGUCCGAAUAUGACAUACAGGCCGCUACCGAAGUAAAAAUUCUGCCCUCGAUCCCGACGUUUCCAUGGAUUUACUAGUCAUUCUUAUAGGUAUCUUGGGCGGGAUUCUGGUUAUGUUAGCUGUUUUCAUAUUUUGCCUCUUAUAUAUACUCUAUCUACUGCGACAUUCCCGAGCGCCCCAGAGUAACGAGUAUCCGAAUCCACUGAUUAUCAUCAGAAACCUUCAGAGCAGGGCUAGAGUUUCCUCUUACCGCAAUGCCAGCCAGAUUAUCCUGGACAAGUUUCACUGUUUCGUUCGUUCUCCGAACACUAGCAUCAGUGCUGACCAGGCACCCGAUUUCAGCAACGGCGAAAUUCCUUCUCCGGAGUUCCGUCUCUCUCCAUCACUGCUGGGGAAGCACGACGCCCAACAUUCCACCCAAGACUCGCGCCCUCCGGUCCUGACGCCGAAGGCGAUCCUACCCAGCUGUUCUGGAGCAAUAACUGGUCGGAGCCAAAGGGAUCGUUUCAAACACGAGGACCCCUACGACUACCCUCCUUCGCCACGACCCAUCGAGUCUGCAGUUGCAACUUUAGGGCAAGGCGUAUCUCAGACAUUGCACGAGGCCGAUACAGCGAGCUUCGCAGACCCAGCCGAGAGUGUCGCAGAAAACCAAUUGAUUCUUGACGACCCUGAAGACUUGUCCGGCGGAGAGAGCUCGCAUGCCGAGUCCUGCGUUCCCGAGACGAGAAGCGAAACAGAGUCCGAGAAAGGCUGUCCACUCACAAAGGAAGGAUCUGAAGCGGGGGAUCGACCUCCGAGCUGCAAGACCAUGAAGGGGCAGCUGUUCUUGGCCUCGCCUAUAUUCACAACAGCCAUCAAGGAAAUGAAGAUGCUAACACUUUUUAAGCAGAGGAAUCAGUUGAAGGACCCGAUGGAGCUCAAGGAUACAACAGGAACAAGUGAUUUAUCUUUGGAGGAAGAACAAGAACUAGAGCAAGAGAAAGCUUCACCUAACUCUGUCGCCAGGAAAACCCAAGAAAGCUCAGCCCAACCAGAGGACAUCCCAAACAAGGAAAAAGUCUCGCUGAUCAAGAACGUUACUGGGGAAAAUUCACCGAAAGUCUUGGAACGCAGGGACUACACUGACUCCGAUGAGAGGAGGGAGAAAGAGAAUGAGAUAGAGGGAGAAGAGGCAGAGAGGGAGGUGGUCGAAUAGCACUACGAAAGGUAAGGCGAUUCACUUUGAACUCACUGACUCACUCUCCGCACGUUUGAAAGCCCCCCAGAAAGAGAGUACAGUUACUUCUCUGUCCCCCUUAGGCAGUGACAGGCACACUGCGUGGGUCAUCGGAAAACGCCUCAGGUGCAGAAAUGCCACUCGAUGGAUCGGUUCUCCACUAAAGGCUCAGAGACAAAGAUACUACUUGCAACAUAUUAUCAGAAUAUAUCUAUCACUGAGGUUUUCGCAUAAAAAAUGUUAAUCGAAAAGGACCAUUAUUCUGUGUAAAUUAAAGAAGUAAAUUGUUGUUUUAAGAAUUGUUUGCCUUUUCUAUGCAAAAUAGAAGGAAAAUAAUUAUUCUUAAACACUUCAACUGAAAAUUAUGUAGAGGAAAUUAUCCAGAAAUGCAAACCUUGGUUUUUAGAUGACAAAAGCCUCUAAAUUAAAAUUUUGUAGGUAAUACCAAAGCGAAUUAUUGUGCGUAUGUAAAUUGUAUCUAUUUAUCCAUGUUUCAUAUUUACAAACACACACA